AUGACUGUAUGUUCUUUUUAUUAUCCUACUGUGUUCUGGUGCCGUACUGCACUUUUUCCACAGAGGAUCGGCAGGUCAGCGUGUGUCAUCUCCAGCUGACAGGCAGACAGACAGACGGGAGGAGGAACAGAAACAUCAGACACUCUGGAUUUAAGCAGCCGAAGACACGAAGAUUCACUGCAGCAGCAGCAGAGACAGAAGCAUGAGUCAGGAUGACGACGCCCGCUGGCUGGAGUGGGUCACCAAACAGUUUGAGAGCAUCGCCGGCGACGACAAAGAGAUCGACAUCGACGAGUUCAAAACGGCGCUCAAAGUCAAAGAGUCGUUCUUCGCCGAGCGUUUCUUUGCUCUGUUCGACUCUGAUGGCAGCAGCUCCAUCAGUCUGGAUGAGCUGCUAGAGGCCCUCGAGCUGCUGAUCCACGGCAGCGAGACGGACAAACUCAAGUUCCUGUUCCAGGUCUACGAUGUGGACGGCAGCGGUUCGAUUGAUCCUGACGAGCUGAGGACGGUUUUGAAGUCGUGUCUGCGUGAGAGCGCCAUCUCUCUGCCGGAGGAGAAGCUGGACGACCUGACGCUGGCGCUGUUCGAGUCAGCGGACAAAGACAACAGCGGCUCCAUCACCUUCGAGGAGCUGAAAGCCGAGCUGGAGAACUUCCCCGAGGUGAUGGAGAACCUCACCAUCAGUGCCGCAAACUGGCUGAAGCCUCCAGAAGUUGAUCAGAAGAAGCGGCACGCUCCUCGUUACCUCACUCGAGCUUAUUGGCACAACAACAGCAGGAAGCUGUUCUUCCUGUGUCUCUACGCCGCCCUCAGCCUGCUGCUCUUCAUCAGCGCCAUGCUGCAGCACCGACACGGAGGAGCCUGGUACAUGGUCGCCAAGGGCUGCGGACAGUGUCUCAACUUCAACUGCACCUUCAUCAUGGUGCUGAUGCUGCGUCGAUUCUUGACGUGGCUCCGGGCGACGUGGGUGGUGCGGGUGUUACCUCUGGACCAGAACAUCCUGCUGCAUCAGAUCGUUGGCUACGCCAUCCUCGGCUACACGCUGCUGCACACCACCGCACACGUCUUCAACUUUGUGCAGCUGUCGGAGCACAGCGAGUUCCAGCUGUGGGAGUACCUGCUGACCACGCGGCCGGGGAUCGGCUGGGUGAAGGGGACGGCGUCGGUGACCGGGGUCAUCCUGCAGGUGGUGAUCUGCCUCAUGGUGCUCUGCUCCAGCACAUUCGUACGACGUAGCGGACACUUCGAGGUGUUCUACUGGUCUCACCUGUCCUAUGUGUGGGUCUGGUCCCUGCUGAUGGUUCACUGUGCAAACUUCUGGAAGUGGUUCGUGGCUCCUGGUGUUCUCUUCCUGGUGGAGAAGAUCGUGGGGAUCGCUGUGUCUCGUAUGGGCGGUCUUUACAUCGUGGAGGUCAACCUGCUGCCGUCCAAGGUGACUCACCUGGUGAUCAAACGUCCACAGUUCUUCCAUUUCAAACCUGGAGAUUACCUCUACAUCAACAUCCCCGUGAUCGCCAAGUACGAGUGGCACCCGUUCACCAUCAGCAGCGCUCCUGAGCAGUCAGACACUCUGUGGCUUCAUAUCCGCUCGAUGGGUCAGUGGACCAACCGCCUGUAUGAGUACUUCAGAGAGCCGGAUAGUGAGGUGGUGAGUCCCAAGAGACUCGCCGCCAGCCUGAGGACCCGGAGACAGCUGCUGAAGUCCCAGGAGGAGUUGUUCAGCGCGACAUAUCGUAACAGAGACGUAGCUUCUAACGAGGACGACGCCAUCGAGCUGAUGAUGUAUCGUCAGAACGGCUCCCGGGCCGAUGCGGCCCCGCCCCCCCCUCAGACCCCAGCCAAGCCGCUUCCAGAUGGACUCGAGCCGGCGGAGAGAGGAGAGGCUCCUCCAAUCAGAGAGGUUUCUGCCAAGUUUGGAGAGAAUCACAGGUUCUGCAACAUCAAGUGUUAUGUAGAUGGACCGUACGGGACUCCGACGAGACAGAUCUUUGCCUCUGAGCAUGCAGUCCUGAUCGGGGCCGGGAUCGGGAUCACGCCUUUCGCCUCCAUCCUGCAGAGCAUCAUGUACCGAUACCGCAUGAGGAAGCAGAACUGUCCCAGCUGUAACUACUCCUGGUGUGAAAACAUCAAAGACAGCGAGAUGAAGUUACGGAAGGUCGACUUCAUCUGGAUCAACAGAGACCAGAAGUCGUUUGAGUGGUUCGUUAGUUUACUGACCAAACUUGAGAUGGACCAGGCUGAUGAGGAGCCAGAAGGUCGGUUCCUGCAGAUGCACAUGUACAUGACGUCAGCGCUCAGUAAGAACGACAUGAAGGCAAUCGGUCUGCAGAUGGCGCUCGACCUGCUGGCCAAGAAGGAGAAGAAGGACUCCAUCACGGGACUGAGGACCAGAACCCAACCUGGACGCCCUGAGUGGGGGAAGGUGUUUCAGAAGGUGUCGGAGGAGAAUAAAGGGAAAGUCCACGUGUUUUACUGUGGCUCUCCAGCUCUGGCUAAAGUCAUCAAAGCUCAGUGUGAACACUUCGGCUUCAACUUCUACAAAGAAAACUUCUGAGGAGGCCACCUGCUGUGUGUGUGUGUGUGUGUGUGUGUGUGUGAGUGUGUGUGUGUGCGUGCGUCUUUACUUUAUACCCUGUUUUUGUUGUUUUCCUCCCUGCAGCUUCAUGAUGACCAUCUGUGUUGUGUUUCCUGCCUUUUUGUUGGACAGUAGAAGAGUCUUACACACUGUUGAACCACACUGUACUGUACAGUAACUGGUGUGGUUUAACUGGUGACACAUAGUUUAUAUAUUAAAUAAUCUGUGUAGAUAUUAUGAUCGCUCAUGUAUGUCUGAAUGUACAGAAUUAAUCAGGUAAUACAUUGUUGUUAUUAUUAAAUGAUAAUUCCCCCUGA